CUUUUUUUUUUUCCCCUUUCUGGCUGGAGAAACAACUGCAGCAAGUUCUGUGUGGCCCCAGGCUGGCUUUUUUUAACCUGGAGCAGGAGCUGAGCCCUUCCCUCUUGCCAUGAGGCACUUCCAGCAGGAGUCAGUGCUCCAGGAAAUAUGGAAUGAAACCCUAAAGCAAGUCCAUGUCAGUGAUUUCACCUGAGUUCAGAUUCUGGUGCAAGGUUUUGGGAUUCAGUGAUGGGGGACACACUGGAAACUCUUAUCUGCAAACCCUCCUUGAGGCCUCUUUUUUACCCAUGAGAGGGAAGGGGCUGGGACUGUCCCUCUGUCCCUUGAUUUUCCAGGUGGCACCAGGCACAAACAGCAUUUUCUUCUCGUUGGAGAAAGUUUUCCUUAAGAUUUCAAUCCCAGUGGGACUGGGCUGGCUUGAAUUAUCCUGGUUUAGUGGCAGCUGGAGCCCAGUUUCCUCCUCCUUUGGGUCAUUCCUGUGGGUUUAACCUCAAUCCAGUGCGAAGAUCCUGCACUCCCAGUACUUUUUAUCAACUCUAGGAUUGGGAUUCCUCACCAUUUUUUAUUUUCCUGCAGAAUCUUCUCUCCAAGGCUAUAGAACCGGUGCUGUUCUGAGGAGCUGAGCACCCCUGGGGAUCCACACCUGUGUUUUUGUGGCUGUUUCCAACCAGACACGUUUUUCUGUCUCUCCCCAGUCAUGCAGGGACCGAGGCCGGUGGUUCUGAGUGGCCCUUCAGGUGCAGGGAAAAGCACUUUGUUAAAGAAAUUGCUCAAAGAUUACGAGAACAUCUUCGGCUUCAGCGUCUCCCAUACCACGAGGCAGCCAAGACCUGGGGAGGUGAAUGGCAAAGAUUAUCACUUUGUGACCAGAGAGGAGAUGCAGAAGGAAAUCGAUGCCGGGGAGUUCAUCGAGCACGCCGAGUUCUCCGGGAACAUGUACGGGACAAGUAAAGGUGCUGUGCAGGCUGUGCAGGCCCAGAACCAGAUCUGUGUCCUUGACAUCGACAUCCAGGGCGUGAAGAACAUUAAGAAGACCGACCUGAACCCCAUCUACAUCUCGGUGCAGCCGCCAUCCAUUGACAUCUUGGAAAAAAGGCUACGAGACCGAAAGACUGAGACAGAGGAGAGUUUACUGAAGCGUUUGACUGCAGCCCGUGUGGACCUGGAGCUCAGUAAAGAGCCUGGGCUGUUUGACCUGGUCAUUAUUAAUGAUGAUCUAGAAAAAGCCUAUUCUGAGCUGAAGGAAGUGCUGCUGGAGGAAAUCAAGAAGACCCAAGAAUCCAGGAAGUCCUGAGCUGAGCUGACCCUGCUUGGACACUUCAAUUUUGCACAUCAUUCCCGAAGCAUGUUUUAUUCCAAAAAGACAUUCCCUUUAGGCUGCUCCUCCUCCCAAAUUUCCCUAGGAUGUUUAUAUUAAAAGGAAAGAAAAGGAAA